ACUUGGUCACUUUUUCACUUUGUCACUGAAUAAAUUUGUUCAUCAUCAUGGUUCUUGUAUGUUUGGUUAAAAAUUGUAAAAAUGCCAAAAGCACUACAAAGGAAAAAAAUUGCAACCUUUUUAGAAUACCCAAAGAUUUGGCUCGGUAAGUAAUUCAUCAAAACUUCACAAUGGUUAUAUUAAUUAAUUUUUAAGAAAUUGCUACUUAUAAAAUAAAUUAAUUUAUAGGUCUUAAGAAUGGUUAAUUAAUUGUGAAAGAGAAGAUCUGAUUUCAAAAUCUGUUGACAACCUUUACAACAAUUAUAGAGUUUGUAUGAACCAUUUUAAAAAUAACAUGUUUUCAAAUCCAGAGAAAACUCGAUUAUGGAUUAGUGCUGUGCCUACUGAGUUUGUAAUGCAAACAACCACAUAUACCUCUUCUGGCACUUCACCAAUAGUUAAUCAUACAAUGGAUUUUAAUUCACCAUCUACCUCAAUGGCAAUCAGUACUACAACUUUAGACGAACAAGUUGAUAAACCAAGUUCAAAACCAAUAUCAACACAAAUUACAAAGGACCUGAUUUUAAACACCCCAAGAAAAUCUAAACUUAAAGGUAAAUUAAGUGAACUUAAUAAAAGAUGUACCAUCCUAGAAAAAGAGAUUGAAACUUUAACAAAACAAAUGAAUGAAACCUACUAAAACGGUAAUUUUUUGUAAUUUUAACAGAUUUGUUUAGAUUUUUUGUAAUUUUUAACAGGAAAAUAUAAGGUCGGCUUUUUUUGGAAUGUUUUUUAAAGUUCGUUUUUAGAUGUUUUUUUAAGAAAAAAAUUUAAUAAAAAAACACGUCCCCGAAUGGAAGAUGCUUUAAAUUUAGAAAAAUUUAUAAUAAUUUAACUUUUUAAUAUUUAUUAAGAAUAAUAAGAAAAAUACUUGAUCAAAUCAAAAAGUGUACUGAACGUACCCACUAUCUACUGAUUUGCAAACAAAAUGAAUGUUUCACCUCAGCGUCCCUAUUUUUUUGUAAACCAAAAAAAAAAAUAUUUUACAUUUUUGAUGUCCCUCGACCCUCACUUAUUAAAAUCAACUAGAAAUAACUUUUUUAAGCACCAUUUAACGUUUGCGAAUGGCAUAACAGAAAAAAAAAACAUUUAGUUAAUUUUUACAAAUCUGAUCAAGGUCUUAUUCGUCUUGCACCCAAAUUAACUGAUGCACACAUAAACCCAAGUCCUUUUCAAAAUAGGAAAGUGCAGUACGCUAGUCAAACUUUU